AUGAACAAAAGACCUCAAAGCGCAAACCUUUUUUCAACACCAAAGGUAGAUCCUAUUCCGAGUGUUGCCAGAUAUACAAGCAUAGGCCAUAGUAAUCAAAGGCCCUCCUCUUCAUAUGGCAGAAUUCAAAGAGUGGAUGUUGGUCUUUCCACUAUUCCUAGAUCAUUGGAUAAUCAAUCGAAAAGACCUCCUUCAAGAAACUCUAAAAUCAGAUCUCCCAGCCCAUCCUCAAGUAGCAAAGAGUUUUCUUAUUUCCGAGGCCAAUCCGAACAUACGGACAAAAUCACAAUUCAAGAUAGAAAGACUCUAAAACGAAUUAAGGAAUAUCAAAAAUCAUAUCUACCACCUCACACUUGUAACGUUUUCUAUCAAAAUGGGAGAAACUCAACACGGUCUAUACAAUGCAAACGCUGUUCAAUGACCUUCUCUCAAACCAAGCCCCACCCAAAACAAACAUCCAAUACUCAAAAGACAGGUGUCGUGAGGCCCAAAAAGGUGACAUCAACAAGCCAUGAAUCAGUAGUUCAAUCAUGCAAGGAAAACCUGGAAAACAUGUUUUUACCUCACACAAACUGUGGAAAUAACUGUGGCCCUAAAAUUGAAGAAGCAAAAACUUUGCUCAAAGAUAACAUCAAACAAUUGCUAUAUUUCUACAGAGACGAACAGAAUCGCUUGUGCAAAUAUUCAAAAGAAAUUCAGACAGCCUGUAGUGAAGAAGAGCUCAGCCAAGAAACGCACCCAUUCGAUGGACUUUUUUCAGGAGGUAAAAGAGUUGAGCUAUUCGAUGAUGAUGAGUAUUUACGUUUGAUGAAAGAAUAUGGUGUUGACUGUGAACCAAGUUGCUUUCAAUUUGAGGGAUCUUUAAGAAAAAGGUUUUGA